GUGGUCGUGGCGAAUAAACGUAAACCGCUCAGUUUUUGUGCGACCGUCGAACGCCACGCACGUGUUCGAAUACUUCUCGCCCGCUCGCCGAUUUGAUAAUCGAGUACAUUAUUAUAUACUCUGUGUUGUUUUUUGAGUGUUGGUGGAUUGUGUUUAAGUUUUGUUUAAAUUAUUUAUUGAAAAAUGGACGAGCGACCAGAGAAGACAAACACAACUUGAUCAUACAAACGUAACUAAAGAUAUUAUAGCACUAUAAUAUCAGAAACAAGUUCCAAGCGUCUGUGAUUACACAACUCAUAUGAGAUCUCCUACAAUAAGUACCGCUAAUUAUAAGAGUAAAGUAAAUUGCAUAGAGACUAUUGAUGACAUAAAGGAAUAAGUUGAUAUUAAUGACACAGUAAAUGCUGAACAGAAUAAUCUCGACGAUAUUGUUAUAAAUGACGAUUAUAAUCCGGAAUAAGACAAUAUUGAUGCUGUAGAAAAGAUUGUUAAUAAAGACAGUAGUUUGAUUAGAAGCAAAGAUGCCGGCGAUUUUGUCGAAGAUUAGGGAGCAGGCGUCGAGGGUGCAGCCCUCCCUGGCUGUGGGGGUGGGGGUGGGGGUAGCGCUGGCUGCAUGCGCUUUGUACACCACGAGAGAUAGGAAGCAAUCACCGCCGUGUCACAAUAAUAAUAAUUAUAAGGUGUCAAAGAAUGGUAAACUGCAAUCUGUGGAGAACACAAAUGACGUCACGGAGACGUGCGGGGGGAGGUGCGGGGCGGAGCAGUGUGCGCUGUGCCGGGGAGACGCCGACACAGACAACAAACAGAAUAUUGAAGAUGCCGACGAGACCCUAUCAGUCCCCGAGGAACACGUUCCAGGCCUCAAUCUGGAGUUCCUCAGGCAACUGGUGACACUGGCCAAGAUAAUGGUGCCCGGUUUCAGGAGCCACGAGGUGGCGUUGCUAUCGGCCCACACCCUCUGUCUGUUCACGAGGACGUUUCUGUCCAUUUAUGUGGCGUCCUUGGAAGGGUCUAUAGUCAAACACAUAGUUCAAAAAGACAUGCGCCGCUUCGCUUCCCUCUUGAUGCAAUGGUUCGGCAUAGCUGUUCCCGCCACCUUCAUCAACUCCAUGAUCCGCUACCUGGAGGGCCGCCUGGCGCUGGCCUUCAGGACCAGGCUGGUCAACCACGCGUACGAGCUGUACUUCAAGAACCAGACCUACUACAGGGUCGCCAACCUGGACGCUAGGAUCGAGAACGCUGAUCAUAGAUUAACGGAAGACGUGUCGGUGUUCACCCAGUCGGUGGCGCACCUGUACAGUUCCCUGACGAAGCCCUGCUUCGACCUGCUCCUCAUCGUCCUGACCCUCGCCUCCUACUCCUCCAAGAUGAAGGGCAACAUAUUCCUUGGUCCCGGCAUAGCGACAGUGGUCAUAUGCCUGACCGGUCAACUGCUCCGCCUGCUGAGUCCCAGGUUCGGCGCCCUGGCCGGGGAGGAAGCCAGGAUGAAGGCCAACUUGAGACACGUCCAUUCGAGGCUCAUAGCCCACGCGGAGGAAGUCGCCUUCUACGGCGGCCAUAAGGUGGAGCUAGGUCAACUCCAAUCUGCCUACCAGGAGUUGGUGGCUCAGAUGACGUCGGUGUUCAACAAGAAACUGUGGUACGUGAUGCUGGAGCAGUUCUGCAUGAAGUACGUGUGGUCCGGCACCGGCAUGGUCAUGCUGGCUCUGCCUAUCCUCACGGGGGCCAGCGGCGAUGGUAAAAGCGGCGAGAGCAUCAGCGCCCGUACGGAAUAUAUGACCACGUCGAGGAAUCUAUUGAACUCCGCGGCCGACGCCAUUGAGAGGCUCAUGUCCAGUUAUAAGGAAAUAGUAACACUGGCGGGCUACGCGACUCGUGUCUCGGACAUGUUGACCGUGUUCGACGAGGUGGCCGUGGGCAAGUGCGUGAGGGACGUGCACGUGGCCCCGGGACACUCGCCCGGGUUCCAGGUCACGUUCCGGGACAAACAGCCGGUGCCUCAAGGUAAAAUUAUCUACACGAGCGACCUCUCCAUCCGCCUGAGGAACGUGCCGAUAGUGACCCCCGCCUGUGACGUGGUCGCCAGCGGAGUGAACCUCAACAUCGCGCCCGGGACCCACCUGCUGAUUGUGGGACCCAAUGGAUGCGGGAAAUCCAGCCUGUUCCGAAUUAUCUCCGGACUAUGGCCGGUCCACGGCGGGGAGCUGUGGGUGCCCCGACCUUGUGAAUGCGCUUACUGCACGGACGACGGCACCGAGCAGGACCACUGCACCACCAGGCCCAUCAUGUUCUACAUACCGCAGAGGCCGUACAUGUCAAUGGGCUCCCUCCUCGACCAGGUGACGUACCCGUCCCGCGUGCCGGCGGGGUCGGCAGAGUCUCACGCGGCGGAAGCUCGCGCCCAGAAGAUCCUCAAGCUAGUGAGGCUUGACACCAUGGCGGCCAGGCACGGGGGGUUGAGGGCCGUGCGGGACUGGAGGGCCACCAUGUCGGGGGGGGAGAAGCAGAGGAUGGCCAUGGCAAGGAUGUUCUACCACAGGCCGGUAUACGCCCUUUUGGACGAGUGCACCAGCGCCGUCUCCAUGGAAACCGAGGUGGUGAUGUACGAGCAGGCGGUCAAGGAGGGAAUCACCCUGCUGUCUAUCACCCACCGGCCCAGCGUUUGGAAAUAUCACACGCACGUCCUAGAAUUCGACGGGGCAGGCGGCUGGUCCUUCAGACCUCUGGACAAGGACGCGCCAGCCAUCACCCCCGCUCCAAUAGCAGCCAACAACAAAACAACAGCCGACAACAACAAAACAACAUCGGACAACAACAAUGUUACAACAGAAACUAGCGAACAUUGAGACUUGCCAAAAUUAGGAAAUUUAGUGCUAAUAUUCAAUACACGAAAAGUUUAAUGUUUGUUUAUUGUAAUAAGUAAAAAAAUUGAAUAAUUACCUUAUACAAUAAUUACAUUAAAAAAAAACAUGACUCUUUCCCAGAGGGGUAGGCAGAGACUACAUCUUUCCACUUGCCACGAUCUCUGAAUACUUUUUUCGCUUUGUCCACAUUCAUAAAUCUCAAAUUUAGUUUAAUAAAGAUAGAUUUUUUUGUAAUAAAAUUAAAUUUUUUAAUCAUUAUUCUGGGAUAUUUCGAUUACUAACAUCACUUAAUAAUUGUCACAUUUUUUUCGUUUCAAAACAUGCUAAGUUUACUGCCGCUUCCAAAGCGUCAGUGCAGAAGAAGCGGUAACAAACUGCACUGCAGCAUUUUCAUCAACAACGUCAACUUCGCAAUAAUCCAAACUUAGAAUUAGGAAAAAAUAUCUAUUCUAAACUAUUGCAUUAUAAAUUUAAAAAAAAUACAAGAAUUUAUAAAUAAUAAAAAUAAAAGUGCGUUACGUGCGCGUUUAAUACCUGUAUCAUUUAUAAAUAGUAAAAUUAUCUAUAUCGAUCUAUAUGUAUCUGGCUAUUAGUUCUUUAGUUAUAUUAAUUGCACAGAGGUAGCAUAGAAAAAUUACUAUAGAGCGUGCACAUAAAAAAGAUAUUUGACACAGGUUGAUUUUAAGUGCGCAUAAAAUUAUAUUGAUACAGGAUUAUUUUAAUGGACUUUUUUUCUGAUUCUCAUUACACGGAGAUAAAAAUGUAUUUUGUUUAUCGAAAAUUACAUUGAAAGAAAUUUGUAAGAUGAUUUAAUUGUAAAUUUUAAUAAAUAAAAAAGGAAAUAUAAUGUUACCUAUAAAACGCUUUUAAAUUUUUUAAAAUAAGCAUGGCAGAAUAUGCGCAUCAUUUAAUUAAAUAUCGCAACAGCUGAUUGUUUAAUUUGUAUGGGAAAAUCGUAGGUAUGUUUAUACAUCAUAAUAUAUGUUAUAGACAUAAGGUUAGACAAUGCGUAUGAAAAAGGCUAUUUUUUUGUUGCAAAAACUAGCUCAUGUAAAGUUACGAGUAAAAUUUAAUAAACAUCUCGAUUGAAUUUAAAGCAGGGUAAAUUUUUUUGGACAAUUUAUUUGUAAUUUUUUAUGUUUGAUGCUAAAUGGAAGGCGAAAUGAGAGAAAAGGUAUAACCUCUCUUUUUCAAAUCUUACAGUUAGAGACAGACAGAAGAUAUAUUGUCAAAGGUUAAUAACCCCAAAGGUACCUAGUUGAAACAUUUAAACACGUUUCAUUUAUGAUAACGGUAACUGAAGUACACAAGUUGGAGAAAUUAUGUAGUUUACAUUAAAUAAUGAAUUAAUCUAAUUCUUUGUCUAUUAGGUAUAGUCGGGCAAAAUGAAAAUGAGAACAAAAAAGAAUUACUAGUUAUUUUUUUUAUUCAAGAAUAUUUUUUUUUUUUAGUAAGCAAUGAAAAUAUUUUUUCCAGCUACGUAACUCUUCAUGUAUCACAAAUAUUUUAUUUUUUUAUUUAUAGCGUGUAUUUUUGUACAAUUUCGAUAUAUCCUAGAUUUAUGUGAGAUUAAUCAAAAUGGCUGUCGAUAUUUUAUUUCUCUUUACAAUUUGUUUUUAUGACUAUUGGAGUUCUAAUUGAAAUAUUUUAAUUUAUUUUUUUAUUGUGUCGGUUUGUUUUUUAUGCAUUCGGGUAUAUUUUUGUUUGUCGCAUUGACAUUAUGUUUGCCCCGAGUGUAAUUGUGUGUAUAAUUGUAAAUAAUUAAUUAUAAUUAGUGUAAAUUACAAUUACGAGGUACUGAUGGAAAUUGAUGAGAUGAAAUAUACUGGGUUUAUAUU